GGCAGAGGUUGCAGUGAGCCAUUGCACUCCAGCCUGGGUGACGGAGCAUGCACACAAAAAUUUUACCAAUUUUAAGUUAUGUAUAUUUUACCACACAUACACAAAAUAGAUGGUACGUGGGGUUGAAGUGGAGGGGUGGCUUCCAUGGCGUUAUGGCGUUGAGGAAGGUGGCAUCCCUCAGACUAUGUCCUUUCCUCUGUCUCUUCCAUCUCUUGACCACAUCCUUUGUCUGUCAGUUUUUGCCUGAGGACUGCAGCUGCUGCAUUCUCCCCUCUGGCAGCCUCGUCAGCACCAGUGGUCCCCUUCCUCACCUCACCUCUGUGCUCUCUGGGCUUAGGGUUCCCUUUGAUCACUCACUACCAAACCACCGUCUCCCUACUACCACAGAGCUUCAUCUGGGAUUAGACCUGCUGGGGGAGCACUUGGCAAAACUCAACCCACAGGGCCUUCCCCUGCCUAGCAAGACUGUGCUGUCAAAUUUAUUCACAUGUGGCUCUGGUGAAGACGAGCAUGCCAUCAGCCUACGAGGGCACUGUUAUGUUAUUAUGCCCAUUUUACAGAUGAAGAAACCGAGAAGUCAAACCAUUAAGCUGAACCCAGUUUGCUUUGACCACAAAUCCAGCCCACAUAGGCGCAAUGAUGGAUGUGAUGAGUCCCUGCUGCUGACGAAGCUGUGACCAAACGCACCCAACCCUUGGCAGCCAUCUGUCCCUGCAGCCAUAGCCCACAUUCCCAUACCCUCCCUCUGCUUGUUUCGGGACCAUGUCUGUACAGCCUCCAGGCCCCAGCCCCGGAGGUGAAGGCCAUGCCAUGACUCUGGUGUGCCCCAUGGCAUCCCCAGCCUAGCUCCCAUUCCCACUUUGGCACAAUGUUGGCCAACAGCUCCUCAACCAACAGUUCUGUUCUCCCGUGUCCUGACUACCGACCUACCCACCGCCUGCACUUGGUGGUCUACAGCUUGGUGCUGGCUGCCGGGCUCCCACUCAACGCGCUGGCCCUUUGGGUCUUUCUGCGCGCCCUGCGCGUGCACUCGGUGGUGAGCGUGUACAUGUGUAACCUAGCGGCCAGCGACCUGCUCUUCUCCCUCUCGCUGCCCCUUCGUCUCUCCUACUACGCACUGCACCACUGGCCCUUCCCCGACCUCCUGUGCCAGACGGCGGGCGCCAUCUUCCAGAUGAACAUGUACGGCAGCUGCAUCUUCCUGAUGCUCAUCAACGUGGACCGCUAUGCUGCCAUUGUGCACCCGCUGCGACUGCGCCACCUGCGACGGCCCCGCGUGGCGCGGCUGCUCUGCCUGGGCGUGUGGGCGUUCAUCCUGGUGUUUGCCGUGCCCGCCGCCCGCGUGCACAGGCCCUCGCGCUGCCGCUACCGGGACCUCGAGGUGCGCCUAUGCUUCGAGAGUUUCAGCGACGAGCUGUGGAAGGGCAGGCUGCUGCCCCUCGUGCUGCUGGCCGAGGCUCUGGGCUUCCUGCUGCCCCUGGCGGCGGUGGUCUACUCGUCCGGCCGAGUCUUCUGGACGCUGGGGCGCCCCGACGCCACGCGGAGCCAGCGGCGGCUGAAGACGGUGCGCCUCCUGCUGGCCAACCUCGUCAUCUUCCUGCUGUGCUUCGUGCCCUACAACGCCACGCUGGCGGUCUACGGGCUGCAGCGAAGCAAGCUGGUGGCGGCCAGCGUGCCUGCCCGCGAUCGCGUGCGCGGGGUACUGAUGGUGAUGGUGCUGCUGGCCGGCGCCAACUGCGUGCUGGACCCGCUGGUGUACUACUUCAGCGCCGAGGGCUUCCGCAACACCCUGCGCGGCCUGGGCACUCCGCACCGGGUCAGGACCUUGGCCACCAACGGGACGCAGGCGGCGCUCGCGCAAUCCGAAAGGUCCACCGUCACCACGGACGCCACCAGGCCGGAUGCCGCCAGUCAGGGGCUGCUCCGACCCUCCAACUCCUACCCUCUGUCUUCCUUCACACAGAGUCCCCAAGAUUCCGCCCUCUGAACGCACACCAUGCCACAGCGCCGUCCGUGCCCGACUCCCAACGCCUCUCGUUCUGGGAGACUUGCAGGGUGUGCACACAAGAAGGUGGGCUGGGCACUUGGGUCUUUGGGUGGCAACUCCAGCUUAGCAACGCAGAAGAGUACAAAGUGUGGAAGCCGGGGGCCCGAGGAAGGCACUGAUGCUGGAAAUGGCUUCUUUAAACUGUGAGCACGCAGAGGACCCCCGUCUCCAGUGGUGGGAAGUGAUGCAGAGAGCCCACCCGUGCAGAGGGCAGAAGGGGACGAAAUGCCUUUGGGUGGGCGGGGAAUUAAACUGCUAAAAGCUGGUUAGAUGGAACAGAAAAUGAGCAUUCUGGAUUUAAACCGCCACAGGGGCCUGAGAGCUGAAGAACCCCAGGUUUGGUGGACCAUGCUACUGAGAUGCCUGUUCAUCUGCUGACUUCUGUCAUGGAUGCCACCCACUUUCAUUUCGGCCUAGGUUUCCCCUGCUCACCAUUGAGGCCUAAUACAAGAGUUCCAUAUAGACAGAACUAGGUUCUUUCUCGCACAGUGACUUGUGACAAUUUAGACCUGGCACCCAGCAUAGGACAGUUGGGGCAAGGCAAAACUGGCUUAGAGUUUCCUCCUCGCCAAAAUCCAAGUCCAAACCCUUUUUAGGUUAUCCUUUCUUCCAUCACUCCCCCUUCUCCAGGCCUCCUCCAUUUUAGAUCCUUAAUAUUCUCUCUCUCUCUCUCUCUGCUUUGUCCAGAGUAAGGAGAAAAUUCUUUCUACUAAAGCAUUGGUUCUCAAACUUUUUGGUCUCAGAUGCCACUCUUGGAAACUGAGGAUCUCAAACAGCUUUGCUUAUCUUUUGAUACUUACCAUACUAGACAUUAAAGCAAAUACAUUUUUAAAAUAAAUACACAUGCACACAUUCUGUUAGCCACGAGAGCAAUAAUGUCACCACACACACUUCAUGAAACCUCUGGAAAACUCUACAGUAUACUUGUGAGAGAAUGAGAGUGAAAGGGACAAAUAAUAUCUGUGUAGCAGUAUUAUGAAAAUAGUUUGACCUCGUGGACUCCCUCAAAGGGUUGGUCCCUGGAUCACACUUUGAGAACCACACUUGUCCUGAAGUAUUAGAGUUCAUGUCUAACUUCUUCCCAGGGCAUUAUGUACAGUGCUUUCUAUUAUUGUGGGAAGAGGGCAGUGCUAAAUAAAUUAAUCAAUUCUGAUAGUC